AUGUCAACAAAUAACAAUACAUGUAGAUUUGUAAAUCUUCCACAUAUUAUAUUAUUUAGAAUAAUAAAAGAAAUUGAAAAUGAUAUAGAUAGAGUUUGUUUUAGUUUAGUUUGUAAGCGAUGGUUUGAUCAACGACAUAGCUAUCUCUCGUUUAACUGUCAAGAUUUAAUGAUCUAUCAGUCCCAUAUGAUUAAGAAUGUUCAAAGUAAUCAAUUCUUUACAUUGAAAUCAUACAUAAAUCUAUUCCAAUCAGGACUUGAUCAAAUACCCGAUCAUGCAUUCAUUAUACCUGAAAGUAGACUUAAACACCCGAUGCCUGUUAUCUAUAGUCAUUUCUCUAUUGUAAUUGAUUUGGUUAUUAAUUAUUAUCAAAUACUCUUUAGAUUAUGUAAACAACUUGAAUCAGUUAGUACAUAUCAAUUACCAUUGAAUCUCGAUAUAUUACCUUUGAAUAUAAAGGAAAUCAUAUCGUACUAUCCGAUGAAAGAAUGUGUAUUACCAUUGGCAUUGGAAAGAUUAGAAUUCAAUUUGAAGUAUGGUGGUGCAGUUGACAUUGAUUUUUCAUUGCUACCCGAUCACUCAGUGCUCUAUAUUUAA